CCUGCACUGGUAAUCCUUACCUUGAUGAAAAAGGGCAAUGGAAUAACGUGGGCCCAGGUUUCAUUCCUCCUAUGCACAAUGCUGUAGCAUCUUUUUAUAUAUGCAGCAGCGGCAGCAGUUGUGUUUAAUGGGAUACUGUGCUCUUGCUUUACCUUCCAAUUGGACACAGCUGUAUAUCAAGAGCCUGUCUGCCUGCUAUAGAAAUUGAUGGUCUGUGAUCCCUGACCUAUCUUCAGAGUCUCCCAUCCACCCCAGUUCCCUGAGUUUGUUACCAAGCCACUGUUGGAGCCGAGGGGCCAGGAUGGAGGUGGGCAUGCGUGUGAUCCGCGGCGUGGACUGGAAGUGGGGUAACCAGGAUGAUGGGGAGGGGCACGUCGGCACCGUGGUCGAAAUUGGCCGCCAGGGCAGCACCACCACACCGGACAAAACAGUGGUGGUGCAGUGGGACAGCGGCACCAGAACCAAUUACCGGACCGGCUACCAGGGAUCCUUUGACCUGCUCUUGUAUGACAACGCACAGAUCGGUGUCCGUCACUCCAACAUCAUCUGUGACAGCUGUAAGAAGCACGGGAUCAUGGGAAUGCGGUGGAAGUGUAAGGUGUGCUUCGACUACGACCUGUGCACGCAGUGCUACAUGAACAACAAGCACGACCUGUCCCACAACUUCGAGCGAUACGAGACGGCGCAUUCGCAACCGGUGACCCUGACUCCACGGCAGAACCUUUCCCGUAUCAUUCUCAAGGGGAUUUUUCAGGGGGUGAAAGUUGUACGAGGACCAGACUGGGACUGGGGCAAUCAGGACGGAGGAGAAGGGAAGGUUGGGAAGGUGAUGGAUAUCCGUGGCUGGGACACCGAAUCAGGACGCAGCGUGGCCAGUGUGACCUGGACCAACGGAACCACAAACGUCUACAGGAUGGGCCACAAAGGAAAGGUCGACCUGAAAUACAUCUCUGACAUUGCAGGGGGCUAUUACUACAAAGAUCACCUCCCUAAGCUAGGUGAGCACGCUGAACUUCAGCGACAGGACAGUGCGGAAGGCCAUACGUUCCAGCAGGGAGACAAGGUGAAGUGUCUCCUGGAGGUGGACAUUCUGAGACAGAUGCAGGAAGGACACGGGGGCUGGAAUCCCAAAAUGGCAGAGUACAUUGGCCGCAUAGGGACUGUGCACAGGAUCACAGACCGAGGUGAUGCGAGAGUCCAGUACAGCAAUAACAUCCGAUGGACUUUCCACCCCGGUGCCCUAACCAAGGUGAACACGUUUGGGGUUGGGGAUCUGGUGCGCGUGAUGGAUGAUAUGGAAAACGUGAAGCGUCUUCAGGCUGGCCACGGAGAGUGGACAGACAGCAUGGCACCGGCUCUGGGGCAGGUGGGGAAGGUGCUGAAGGUGUACGCAGAUGGAGAUUUAAGGGUGGCCUUGGGGGCACAGACCUGGACCUUUAACCCUGCGUGUCUCUCUGCGCAGCCAGUAGAGGGUGACGCCAACCUCAUGACUGCCGAUAACACGAACGACUCCGGAAGCACUGUGAUCUCUGUUCUGGAGAAGCUGCUGUCCCAGUCCACUGACCAGGAUAACCCUGGACGGCUAGUUAUCGAGGCUGCUCGUGGGAGUGCAAGCAAGGUCCGGGAUCUGCUGCAGAAAUACCCAGAAAAGGUUGAUAUAAAGAAUCAGGGGAAGACAUCUCUGCAGGUGGCAGCGCACCAGGGUCACAUGGAGGUGGUGAAGGUGCUGCUGCAGGCCAAUGCCAGCAUUGAAAUCAAAGACGAGGAUGGAGACACGGCUCUGCAUUACACAGCGUUUGGGAAUCAGGCUGAGGUCGCCCGGCUACUCCUGAGUAAAGGAGCCGGAGUGAACCUGCUCAACACUUCAAUGUGCACGGCUCUGCACAUCGCCGUCAAUAAGGGCUUCACAGAGGUGGUGCGUGUGCUUUCAGAACACAACGCUAACAUCAACCUGCAGGAUUCCUACGGCGACACUCCGCUUCACGACGCCAUUGCUAAAGACUUCAGGAACAUCAUUGAGAUCCUGACCGACGUUCCCAACGUCGACUUCACCCAGCAGAACAACAGGGGCUUUAACCUUCUUCACCACGCGGCGCUGAAGGGGAACAAACUAGCCAUGGAGAAGAUCCUGGCACGAGCACGCCAGUUAGCGGAUGUCAAAAAGGAUGAUGGCUUCUCCGCUCUGCACCUGGCUGCUCUAAACAACCACAGAGAGGUGGCUGAAGUCCUCAUCAAAGAGGGCCGCUGUGACGUCAACGUCAGGAAUAACCGUAACCAGACCCCGCUGCAGCUAGCUGUGACGCAGGGCCACGCCGAGAUGGUUCAGCUGCUGGUGACUGAAGGGGCUGACGUCAAUGUGGAAGACGAGGACGGAGACACGGCCGUGCACAUCGCUCUGAGCCGGCAGCAGCUCGCAUCCACCAUGGCCGCCAUGGAGGGGGAGGGCUCCUCUCUCUACACCAGGCUGCAGGGCUCAGGGCUGUUGGGGAACCAGGAGCUGAAUGUGGGCGCUGCUAUCGCCUGCUUCCUGGCCCAGGAGGGAGCCGACAUAAACUACGCCAAUCACAAAGGAAAGAGCCCGCUGGACCUGGUCACAGACGGGAUGAUAGUGCAGCUCAUCAAAAACUUCUCUGAGAAGCACAGGUUGCAGCAGCUCCAAGGCAACAGCUCAGGCCCGGUGGUGAGCAGCAGUCUGCGGAGAGUCCACACCACCCCCAACACCAUGACCAACCUGGCCAUGCCCUCCGCCCCCGGCCCCUCUGAGUGCCUCAUCUGCUCAGAGCUGGCCCUGCUGCUCCUCUUCUCCCCCUGCCAGCACAGCGUGGCUUGCGAGGAAUGUGCUCUACGCAUGAAAAAAUGCAUCAAGUGCCAGGUCACGAUAACAAAGAAAACCAGACAAGACAACACAGAGGUGGAGUGCAGCCCCAGCCCGGAGAACUCGGAGCAGAGCAACCUGCUGGAGCAGCUGCAGUCUCGUUACAGGCAGAUGGAGGAGCGUAUCACCUGUCCCAUCUGCAUCGACAACCACAUCAAGCUGGUGUUCCAAUGCGGCCACGCCUCCUGCAUCGACUGCAGCGUCGCGCUCAAGACCUGCCCCAUCUGCCGGCAGACCAUCCGUGAACGCAUCCAGAUCUUCGUCUGACCAGCCAGCACCCCCUGCUGGGGGUGGGCUGGCUUUGAAAGAAGAAAGAAAAAAAAAAGUGGACACAUUAUAGAAGUGCCCACCUCCCUCGGAGAUGCAUCUCUAGUUUACUCCCAUCCCCCCCUUCUCGCUCGUUCCUCUUCUUUAAUUAUCUAUUUUUAUACCUGUGGCUCUGUGUCAGAGUAAGAUGCCAUAGUCUUGCCCCCCCCACCCCCCUCAGUGUUUCAUAUGGAUCCAAUACAUCCUGUGCUGCUUAAGUGUAGCCUUCUGCUAUUGACUAAGGCAGCAACAUGUAAGUAACAGUCAAUGAAUGUUAACCUAAUUCCAUCACGUAUUCCAUUGAUAUGCAAAACAGCUAUAUAUAUAUGUAUAUUGUAAAAAUAAUGAGUAAUAUGUAUUUGUGGUUUAGCAUAGCUAUAAUGAGUACUGUUUAUUUAUAUAUGAAGAGUCAAUACUGUAUUUUAUCUGAUGGGGGAAAAUGAUUUUGCAUUUGCUCAAAAAAAGACUUAAUUCCACACCCCAUAACAAAACAUUCUAUUCUAAAACAGUGAACUCAGGGUCUUGAGUAAAGACUAAUUGAUCAAUCGACUUCGCAUCCAGAAACAUAAGAGAAAAACUGCAUUUGUAUUUUGCAACCAUCAUUUAUAGGUCAGUGAAAAUACUUUUCUUUUGUACAGGAAGGUGUUGCAGAAAUUUCACUUGUCUUUGGAAAAUGGCCGUUACCGAUUUUCCCACUAUUGGUUUGAACACACUUUGGAAGAUGGAGUUCAGUUUCCUGUGACUUUUGCCUAUGCUUUUAGAUUUAUUCACCCAUAAAAAAAUCUCGCUUAGAUUUUAGUCAAGGCACUGUUAUCGAAACAACAAAUGUGAUCAGCAGAACUCAGCAUGGCAUAAUUACCAUUGUCUUUAUUAAUUUGCUUUUCUUUACAGCCACUGUACGGAUCUAAUCCCAGCCUGUUAUGAAAUGGGUCAUUUGAAAUGGGUGCAAGUCAAAACAUUUGAAGCAAUUGAUGAAUUAGAAUGAAUUCAGAGAGUCUAGUUUUUCCCCCAUCUCUAUGCUAGCUUUAAAUAUGCAUAUAGACUAAUGCAAGAUGCAAAUAUGAAUAAUGUAAUUAGGUAAGCUCCCCUCCAUAGACCACUUUCAGACCCUUUCAAUAUGGAGACAAGCCCCCCGCUAUCGGGAGCAGGUCUCUGAUCAGCCCAUUUUACUCUGCCCCUCUGGUGGUCAAAUUCCAGGGAUUGCACUGUACAGAGCAAGCUGAUUCUUUAAUGCAGUUUAAACAUUGGUUUUAAAAACAACGGCAAUAGGAGGCCAGUUUCUAAGGGAAUGGUCAUCAGGAUUGCUAUGCAGAGGAUGCAUUGGCAAAUGUGGUGUUCUUUCAGAGAUGAACAUACUGCACCAGCAUUUUGAACCCUGAGCCAAAUCUCAAUGCAGAAACCGCAUGGAGCUUUGCCUGCCUGCAUCUUCCAUUUCUCAUGAAAACAGAUUUUAUUUUGAACCGUAAAGAUUCGGACGAGAACAACUUAGAAGCCUGGAUGAAAGAUAAUGCAAUUGUGAACUUCUUUUAAAUAUAUUUUAAAAUGGCUAAAAAUGUUUUAUUUUUCAGAUGUGUUAAUAGUUAUGUCUUGUAGAACACAUCUGUACAGAAGAGACUAUUAAUUUUCAUCUUAACUAGCUGCAUUCUUUCAUUCAGCACUACAGGAACAUGUUGCUUCCCUGUAUCUGCCAAGAGAUCAGAAACUUAAAUCCAGUGGGCAGAUUGUGAAAUAAUGUUUCAAAAGGGCUUGUGGUGUUUUAAACUUUGUGUAAACUUACGGAUUUGUUACAUCUCUGCUUUUAGCCUCUGCAGACUCACCCGAAUGCUUUUGGAAUUGCAGGCUCUGUAAGAAACAGUGGUGAGCUGUAGUUUCGAAUGUCAGAAAUGAAAAUAGAAACGUUUACUCUGCCUUUUUUGUAAAAAUAAUUUAAAAAAAGAUAAAUAAAAAUGAAGGUUUACUUCCACGAGUAAAAACUACUCGAGUGCCAAGCUAAUGGGUCGAAUGUAGAUGCCGUCCAGCUAGGAACAGAGUUGUACACAAAGCAACAGUCAAGUGUUCUACUCCAUAGAAGUACAUGUUAAUGUCUUAUUUAUAUGUAAUCAUAUCUCAGUAGGGAGGGGUGUUGUGAAGAGUCACUGUCAAUGGUACAUAUCUUGUAGCUGAACUGGUUGGCAAAGAACGAUACCAUUAAGGAAAGUGUGUGGGUUUUUUUUUUUUUUUUAAGUUACUGUACUCGAGGUUACAGUAUUCCAGAAGGUAUGAGAAAGGUCUAAAAAUACGGAAGAAAAUUUAUUUCCCAAUUUUGCGUUGCAAACAUUUUACUUUAUUAUAAUUGUCUUAUUUUUUGGAGCCAAACAUUAUUAUUAAUAUUAUUCAGAAAAUAAGUCAAACAAAAACCUUUUUUUUUUUUUUUAAAUGAUAGAUGUUUAAAUGCGGUAUUCCUAGAAAGACAAGUACUGGAAUGCAGAUUGUGCCAGUGCUCGAAGCAGCAAGAAAGUUUGCAACGAUACGUUGAGAAGAUUGUUUUAAAAAUCCAAACGCAUACAAAGUUACAGCUGAUGUUUCUGCAGCACUCAUUGUUCUGUUGUUGGCCUUAUUGUUCAGUCCUGUUUUGGUUUUUUUUUCAGUUGUAUUCUGUAAAAAAUAUUUUGCAAUAAAUAUGGAACUGUUUUAUAAAAAAUGUCGUUUUUAUUUUAUAUAUACACUAAAUAUUUUAGGAUGAUGUUGUAGGCAGUAGGAUGAAAUACAGUAUAAUCGUAAAUCUCGAAAAACUACUCACUUCUAAAU